UCUUCUAAUCUUCCUGGUGGGGUAAUUAAAAAUACAGUUUUUUUCUUUUUAUUCAUUACUGUAAUGUCAAAAAACAUUUUUUAUGUACUUUAAUACAUAAAGAGUAAUAUAAUUAGUUAGAUAAUUUUAAGUUCAAAGACCCUCGUUUGUAAUAAACGCCAAAAUGUCCACAAAUUCUAGUCCGACCCAUUACACAGAAGAUGCGUUUGUCAGUGAUGCUAAUUUUAAAGUUGGAAUUAAUCAAAAGAUGAAGGUUCCCGACAGGAUUAGUUUUGCCACAGAUUUAAACGGAGAGAGCAGAGGUUCAUGGACCAGGGAUAACUUGAACAUGAACGUCCCAGAAAGGAUAUUGGUAGCAGGUCAACAUCAACAUGUUGGUACUAGAGCCCCACCUAGAGAAAUAGUAUUCGAUAAUGCAAUCAUUGCUAAGGACCCACACCCAUACGAUCUACCACGAGUAGCAACCCCACCACGUACUUUAACCCUCGACAAAUAUCCGUUCCCAGGAGUGGAUGAAUAUCAAGACCACGACAUAGAAGACCACCUACCUGUAGUAAAAGCCACCCCCAAAGUUCGUAUGAACGACGUAAGCUUUCAAUUAGGAAAUUCUUUUAACGAAUCGACCCAAAUAUAUUCAGGUGCUGGAGAGGGACUGACACCCGCCGAAGAAGUGAUGCAUUUACGACGACAGAUGGCGAAGUUGAACAGGAGGAUCAUGGCGUUAGAAUUGGAGAAUAUUAAUAGAUUACAAAAAGAAAAAAUAGUGGUUGGUUUCGGUGUCGCCUAUUUCCUUUUAAAAGUUAUAAUUUGGAUGAAUAGGGAUUAAUGUUUUGAAUUUGUGUUAUAGAAUAGUCUGGGAGGUCAAAGUAGUCCGAAAAUUGGUCAGAUCAAUAAGUAUUAAUGCCGAUUUUAAAAGCUAAACUGAAACAAGUGCUGUAUUUUGCAUUUUGACGAAGUUUAUCUGUCAUAUUUUUGGUGAUUAUUCGUGAUAGUGAAUUCAUUGCAUUUAUUAAAAAUAUGAGAAAUAAGGUUCAUAUCAUCCACCAAGCAAGGUAUCAUUAUUUAGGUUCCUUUUAUGUAAUGUUAUUGGGGCAAACAAAAGGUUUUUUUUAUAAAGAAACGACAGAUCCAAAAUAUUUCGCUUAAAAAGUGAAAGAUUUUAAAAUUGCCUAUUUAAGGCCAUUAUUUGCAAAACUCACUCUUUGCUUUUCGAAAAAAUUUUGGGAGGUCGAAGAAAAAAACGAUUAACAGCCAAAUAGUGUUUAGUUCACAACAUAAAGAAUUUUAUUAAUGUUGCUUAGAGUUUAAGCAACAUUAUUUGACAUAGAACGUCAAAGCAUAACUGAAAAGUCUCAUUGUUCCGAAAUAAAAAAAUAUUGAUUUUAUUGCUAAAUGACUAAUGACACUACCGCCAUUAAGCGGAACAGAGCAAAAUGCAAAAUUUUGACUCAUGUCAAAAUUUUCAUUGUGUUUUAAAUGUAUUCAUUUUUUUCAAAUCCUGAGAAAACUAAUAAGUAUUUUUGAAAAAUUUAAAUGCAGAAUGAAAGACUACUUUAUUACCGAGAGCCGAAAGUCCCUUAGAAUAAAUAAAUUUUUUUCUUUGGAAUGAAAUAUUUGCAAUUAAAAAUCACACUAAAUUUUCUCUUUUAUUUUCACCCCUGUAACUUAUUAAAAUAAACAUUAUAAAAAACAUGAAGAGAAGUAUCCAUAUUUCUCAAAUGUGGUCUCGAAGUAACAAAGUACAAAAAACUCGAAGAGGUACCACAAAGUUUUCGGGGACAUUAUAGAAGUUUUCAGGGACUUUCGGCCCCUGGUAAUAAUGUAAUCUUUCAUUCUGCGUUUAAAUUUUUUAAAAAUAUUUAUUACGUUUUUAUAUAUAUGUACGUAUACACGUAUUUAUAUUACGUUUAUAGAUAUUAAAGCUGCUUUUGAUUCUAUAAAUAGAGAAGUAAUAUGGUCAGUAAUGGAAGAUCUGCAAAUUCCUCAAAAGAUAGUAAGCGUGGUAAAAACUACAUAUAGUACUUGCUAUAAAGUACAAAUAAACGGAAACAUCGCCAACAAUAAACCUAAGGAGACGAAUAAAACAAGGGGACAGUCUCAGUCCAGUUUUCUUUAUAUUAGUAAUGGAUAGAGUAAUGAAGAGCGCUAAGAGAAGGUCAAGGCAAUUACAGUCAAUAAUAGGGUACAGGAAUUUAGUACCAGUGAGAAUGGAGGGGUUACUAUAUACAGAUGACUUAGUAAUAAUAGCAGACAAUAAAGAGAAAAUGCAAAAAUUAAUCGAUAUCUGUGUGAAGGAAAUAGAAAAUUUGAAAAUGGAGGUAAAUGUAAAGAAAACGAAGACCAUGAUAGUAACCCAAAAGAAAAGGUAAGAAAUAAACCAAACGAUACUUAGGUGCAAAAACUAAAUAAUAGAAACAGUCUCGACGUUUGAAUACCUUGGAGUAAUAAUAUCAGAGGAUGGAAAGAUAGAUCAAGAAAUCUCAUACAGAGCGAAAAGAGCAAAUAAGAUCUACUAUGCACUAAAUAAAACAAUAUUUGGAAAGGAAGAAAUAGAUAAAGAAAUAAAACUGAAGGUAUACAACGCAAUCACUGUACCAACUUUAAUAUAUGCAAGUGAGACAUGGGUAAACAAUGCAAAAAUAGACAGUACAAUAAACGCAGCGGAGAUGAAGCAGCUAAGAAAAAUAACAGGAAAAACGAAAUUGGACAGAAUAAGAAAUGAAGAUAUUAGACAAAGACUGAAACAGGAAUCGAUAAUAACCAAGGUACAAAAAAGAAAAUUAAAAUGGUAUGGACACAUUAACAGAAUGGAUCAGGGAAGACUACCAAAGCAGGUGAUGGAAUCGAAAAGAUAUGGUAAAAGAAGGAAAGGGAGGCCAAGGAAGAGAUGGAUCGAUCAGAUUAUAGAAAUUGGACAGGAAAAAGGAAAAACACAUCAACAAAUGAAAGAGUUAGCAAAGAACCGCAAGAAAUGGAAGAGAUGGAUAGAAGAUGAAUAAAACCUCCGAAGGAGUUUCGAGAAAGAAGAUGAAGAAAAAUAUUUAUUAGUUUUCUCAGGAUUCGAAAAAAAAUGAACACAUUGAAAAUUUUGACAUGCUUCAAAAUUUUGCAUUUUGCUCUGUUUCCCUGAAGUGUUUAAAUGAAGAUUUUUUGAUUGUGAUAUUCAAGUUAAAAACUAUCUCUUGAUAAUUUCUGAAAUAAUUGUCCUUUUUUUUUAACAAAGGAAACACGAAAUUUGAUAAUUUGACGGUUCGAACAUUUAAAUUUGAAAACUGACCAAUACGUCUGUAAUAUUAUUAGAAAAAAUAGGAUUGCUUUGGACCUCCUGUAGUCUAAUGUAUAUCUUAAAAAUAUUUUAUUAAUAAUAAUUGGUAUUAUCAUCAUAAUAUUAUAUUGACUAAAGACAAAAUGACUGUACUUUUAAUUUAUUUUCCUGGUUAUAGUUGUAAACGAUUGAAUUUUUAAGUAACAUUUAUUCACUGGUUAUUUACAUUUGUAUUAUGUAAAUUCAAUCUAUUUUUUUCAAUAAAUUGUUAUCUUAAAAAUAA